AUGGUUAGGACCAGAGGAUUAGGUCGUGCCUUAGGUCACGUUACUAACAGAGGUGUGGGCAGAGGAGAUUGUGAUGAUUCCGAUGAUGCUCCGCAGUGUCGACGGCCUACCGCAUCUGCAUGGAGGCAGCGAGUCGCUGUGACUGCACCGCACGAUGAGCCAGUGGUCCCUGCGUCAGAUGUUGAGGCUUAUGUAUUUCUGGAUGACCCGAUGGCGGACAUUGUGGCAGACAUUCUUGCGGACACAGGCGCGGAGGCUGCUGAGGAUGAGCAUGAGGGAUUUUCGGGUGGUCCAAGCGACCCAUCCGUGUUGACCCAGUAUGCGAAUCACGUUGCUUGCAACACUUCAAUUCAGGAGUGUCCUGAGUUGAAGUUAUCCUCUCAUGGGAGAAAGGCCCAUAGUUUAGGCAGGCCUGUCCUUGCCAUUGAGGGACUUGUUGCUGGUACAGGACUAAGUCCUCUGAUCGCGUGUUCGGUAGACACUAGCGAUCAGGGACUUUUGUCCUCGUUUAUGGAGCGAUGGCAUCGGGAGACGUCUAGUUUCCAUCUCCCGGUGGGAGAGCUCACCAUCACGCUGGACGACGUUUCCUCGCUUCUCCAUCUGCCCGUGGUUGGCGACUUACACGCCUUUGAGCCCUUGCACGUGGACGAUGCGGUUCAGAAGUUGGUGGACUUAUUGAUGGUCUCUACAGAGUUUGCCAAGGCUGAGAUAGCCCAGUGUCGUGGACUGUACGUACGCCUGUAA